AUGCUGGGUAGACACCUAGUACAGGCAGCUAGACGAUCACUUCCUACUCGAAUCACCCAUCAAAGCACACGCAUCCUCGCCCAAGAACCAUCUGCAUUCCUCAACUACCGCAUCAGAACCAUGUCCACCUCCCUUCACCCCGUCGGCUCGACGGCUGAGCCAGCGGCACCUUCUCAGCCCAGCGGGCCCAUGCCGGAUCAACAGCAGAAGGGUCAACCCAAGGAGAAGAAGGAGAAGAAGAGCGGCGGUGGGGGCUCGUCAGGGCCUUUGGAGGUCACGCCUCCUCCCCAGUUCUUCGAAGAUCGGAUCAAGAUCUUCGACGAGUACAUGGCCAAAUACAAGCAGCACAUCGCUGACCAACCCCGCGAGCCAAUUACCAUCACCCUUCCUGACGGCAAGCAACUCGAGGGUACAUCCUGGGAGACGACCCCUCUCCAGCUCGCCAAGUCUAUCGCCGUCUCGCUCGCCGAAAAAGUUAUCAUCGCCAAAGUCAACAACCAGGAGCUAUGGGAUCUGCACCGCCCACUCGAGGCUUCGUGCUCUCUCGCACUCCUCGACUUUGACUCCCCCGAGAACAACUACGAGGCGCGCCAGGUGUUCUGGCACUCUGCCGCACACGUCAUGGGCGAGGCGUGCGAGCGGCGGUUUGAGAAUUGUUGUUUGGGGUAUGGGCCGCCUAUUGCGGAGGGAGGGUUCUUUUACGAUUUCCAUGCGGGCGGAAGGACGUUGAGCCAGGAUGACUGGAAGGGGAUUGAGGAUGUCGCAAAGAUGGCGGUCAAGGAGAAGCAACCGUUUGAGAGGUUGGAGUUGCCCAAGGAGGUUCUGCUGGAGAUGUUCAAGUACAACAAGUACAAGCAACAUUACAUCAACGACAAAGUGCCCGACGGGACCUCAUCCACGGUGUACCGGUGCGGACCCCUCAUCGAUCUUUGUCUUGGUCCACACGUCCCCCAUACCGGCCGUAUCAAGUCUAUGGCCGUCACGAAAAACUCCUCCUCCUACUUCAAAGGCCUGGCCACCGAGGAUGCCUUCCAGCGGAUCUACGGUAUCGCCUUCCCCGAUUCCAAGCAGAUGACAGAGUACAAGAAGCAGAUGGAGGAGGCUGCGAAGCGGGAUCAUCGCAAGAUCGGGCGGGAGCAGGAAUUGUUCACGUUUAGUGAACUGUCGCCCGGGAGCGCGUUCAUGUUGCCUAUGGGGACGAGGAUAUAUAAUACGCUUCAGGCGUUUAUCAGGGAAGAAUACUGGAAGCGUGGCUUCGAGGAGGUCGGCACGCCCAACAUGUUCAACGCCGAGCUCUGGAAGAAAUCCGGACACUGGCAGCACUACUCUGAAGACAUGUUCCAGCUCAAAGUCGACGAAGACAUGUUUGGUCUCAAGCCGAUGAACUGUCCGGGCCACUGCGUGCUCUUCGACACCCGCGAGAGGUCCUACCGAGAAUUACCGCUUCGAUUUGCCGAGUUUGGGGUGUUGCAUCGGAACGAGGCGAGCGGGGCGUUGAGUGGUUUGACGCGCGUGAGGAGGUUCGUACAGGACGAUGCGCACAUCUUCUGCACGCAAGACCAGAUCGCCGCUGAGAUCCGAGGCGCGUUCGAAUUCCUCGAGGCCAUCUACAAGCCUUUCGGGUUCACGUACAAGGUCGGCCUGUCGACGCGGAACCCCAAGAAGUGGAUGGGGGACCUCAAGGUCUGGGACGAUGCGGAAGCGACGCUCAGGUCGGUAUUGGAGGAGAAGAUGCCGGGGGCUUGGCAUGUCAAUGAGGAGGAUGCGGCGUUCUACGGGCCUAAACUCGACUUCCAAUUGGUCGAUGCGCUCAAGAGACCGUGGCAAUGCGGUACCAUCCAACUCGACUUCAACCUCCCCGAGCGCUUCAACCUGAAAUACCGCGCUCCCGCCCCUCCCAAGUCAGCCGACGCCGCUCCUAAAUCAGCCGAUGCUGCUGCCCCUGCAGCACCUGGAGAGUUGUCCCAAGACUUCAAGAGACCCGUCAUGAUCCACCGAGCCAUCUUGGGGUCUAUUGAGCGGUUCAUGGCGAUCAUCAUUGAGUCGUUUGGUGGGAAAUGGCCAUUCUGGCUCUCCCCUCGUCAAGUCGUCGUCAUCCCCGUCGCUGCGCCCUUCAAGGCCUACGCCGCCGAAGUCGCUCAAAAGAUGAAGGACGCGGGUAUCUUUGCCGAGGUGGAUGUUUCGGAUAACACGUUGAACAAGAAGAUUCGGAAUGCGCAGGUCGCGCAGUGGAACUUUGUCAUGGUUGUGGGAGAGGUCGAGGCUGAGACGCUCUCUGUCAAUAUGCGGAACCGGGACGACGAGGUGCAAGGGCGUGAAGAGACGAUCAAGCUUGAUGAGGCGGUGCAGCGUUUGAUUGGGCUCAAGAAGAACAGGGCACUGGUUAGCAAGUUUGAGUAG